AGAAACCCUCUUUCUCUUUGCCCUUCCGUUCCCGCUUCGUGCCGGAUUGUUCAGUAUCAGCAUUUGAGCCAUGGAUUGCGCGCCAUUCGAGCCGUCUCUGUACAUUGUUAAAGGAAUAGUCAUAAUGGAUAACGAUGGGAAUCGUUUACUGGCGAACUAUUAUGACAAGAAGGCAUUCCCUUCGACGAAAGAGCAGAAAGCAUUUGAGAAGAAUCUGUUCAGCAAAACGCAUCGUGCUGCUGCUGAAAUAAUCAUGCUGGAUGGAUUUAUUUGUGUGUAUCGUUCUCACGUAGAUCUCUUCUUCUAUAUCAUCGGGAGUGCACAAGAGAAUGAGCUUUUACUGAUGUCUGCAUUGAACACAGUCUACGAUUCUGUGCAACAGAUAUUGCGCAAGAAUGUUGAGAAACGAGCUCUGAUAGACAAUUUGGACGUUGUUAUUCUUGCAAUUGAUGAAAUAUGUGAUAGAGGAAUUCUCUUGGAUGCUGAUGCGUCGAGUGUAGUUUCCCGGGUUGCCUUAAGAGCGGAUGACAUUCCGAUUGGAGAGCAGACAGUUGCUCAAGUGAGUUUCCGGAAUUAUAUUUUUUGGAAGUGUUCUUCAUUGCCGUCGGCGUUUUUAUCAAGGCGGGUAACCUGUUGAAAUCCUUUUGGUCUUCGGUCGUACUCGGGACAGAUGACUGACUGACUGGCGAAAGAGCAGGACACGCGAUAUUCGUGAGAAACUGAAAAAAUUAAGCCUUCUUGGUGGGAUAUAUCUGGACUUUCUCAUCCCACGGAAUUCGAGAGGCGUAGCAUCGUGCGAAGCUGAACGAUUGCGAUAGCUUGUGCUGCUAGCUUUUAAGGGGUUCUUCAAACUGCAAAGGAACAGCUGAAAUGGUCAUUGUUGAAGUGAGGAUCAUACGAAGAACCUGAAGCUGAAUUUCAAGAUUUGUCAUCAUGGCUUACCUCCGGUAUUUCAUUCGAGCGUGCUUUAUUUAUUCCUUGUGAAGCGUUUCGAUCGAUUGUUCUGUUGACUUGUAUGCAUUUGCAUUUCAUCGAGAUGCGAGAAUGAAGAGUAUAUUUCAGAUA